GACAAGAACUUCCCGCCGUUACCAACACAGAAAGCGCGUCAGAGAAAGACCAGGGUUCGAUCAGACGUCACAAAAAUUCGAUCUGCAAAGGAGGCUGGUACCGUAGCGUCCUUGCUCGCCCUUCCGGAUGAACUGUUACUCGAUAUCUUGGCCUACCUACCAUGUCUCGAUCUCGAACAUUUCCAACUUCCAGCUCUCAUCAACCUCUCUCUCACCAACCGCCGACUCCACGGUCUAGUCAGCAGCAAACUUUAUGCUGCCUAUAAUAGCUUCUUUUGCAAGCCCUAUCCCUUCCUGCGCACUGUCAUCUCAGAUCGCCACCUCGCUAAGAAGGUGCGCUCCCUAACAUUCAACUAUGGAUCUGGAGUGCAUUGCGAGCGUGAGAGCUACCACUCCUCUGUUUCCGAUAAAAAGAUCAUCAAGGAAGGAUUGAAAGAAUUGGAGAUACCCGGAUGGAAGUCUUGGGCUACGGAUUGCAACGAUGACGGGGUUGAGCAAGAGCUUCUAUAUGCCACUAUCCUCAUGCAUACACCGGACGUCACUUCCCUUGAUAUCGACGAUGGGUCAGUCUCUUACAAGACCCCAAAAUGGCUCGAACUCAUCCGCUGGGCAGUGAGCGGUGCUCGUUUUGGUCACAUGCACCAGUUCUCUCGCCUAAAUUCGAUUCGAAUCCACGUAGCCCACCUUAAGCUUCGCCAUUUGGCUCCGGUAUUCAGGCUACCAUCUCUCCGCGAGUUUCAGAUCAUUGGAUUGAUCGAGAUAGGCCAGAGGAAAGGACGGGCAGACUCUCUUCGACGGCUGAUCCCGACUGGCGCGUCGUCAAUCGAAGCCCUGAGCCUACGAUCGAGCUUCGUCAACAUCGACAUACUAUCUGUUUUACUCAACUCGGUUCGAACUUUGAAACGAUUCGAGUACCAACACUCUGAAGACAGAUACUUAUCGCUCGGAGAUGGGGAAGAGUACUGUUUGGUCAAGUCUCUUCAUCGUCAUCGUCGUUGCCUAGAGAGCUUAUCUCUUGGCGAAGACAUCAGUGACGAAGACAAUACCGAAGUUCUACACAGCGCCUUCGGCAGUCUGCGCGACUUUGACAAGCUAGCUCAUCUUGAGGCUCCUCUUCCGGGGUUCAUCGACGUCCGCUUAGGCGCUCAAGCAGCCCUGGUCGAGAAUCUCCCGCCCUCGCUGGAAACAUUCUGCAUAGUCAUUGGGUGGGAUAGCCGAGAGCAUAAGUGCAUGCCUGCCUUAGAACAGAUGGCUACAUACUGUCGGGAUUUUGUACCCCUACUCAAAAAAGUUCGGAUUGAGGUUCAGCCGCCAAGUCGACUGUUCCGGUAUGACUGGGACCGCAUUCGGAAACCAUUCUCUGAGCAAGGCGUCGGUGUCAUUGUGGAACGGGUAGCAGAAGACGAUGACUCGUGG